AUGCUCGCGAUUGUCCCGGGAAAGCGAGACGAUGUCAACAACACCUUAGUCUGGGCCGCGAAUAGGGACACCCGGGUUACGGAUUCCGAUACUUUUGACUUCCAUGAGAAUGGCAAUGCAUUUCUACAGAAAGCAGGAAGCACGGUGUGGUCAACUAAUAAGAGCGGCAAAGGAGUUUCCGCGAUAGAGUUGCGGGAUUCAGGAAAUCUGGUUUUGCUUAGGACGGACGGUACAGUGGUUUGGCAGAGUUUCGACCAUCCUACGGAUACGCUCUUAUCGAACCAAGAUUUCACGCAAGGGAUGAGGCUCAUGAGCCGCGGGUUCAAGAACUUGACCUGCACUCUCGAGAUUAAAUCUGGUGACAUGAUCCUUUCUGCGGGUUAUAAAACGCCUCAACCGUAUUGGUCAAUGGGGAAGGACCUCAGAAAAUUGAAGAACAAAAAUGGUGGUCACGUAGUCUCUGCCACGAUGGUCGCGAAUUCAUGGAGAUUCUACGGUGAGAACAGGACUUUGCUGUGGCAAUUCCUCCUUUGGGAUAAUACCAAUCCUAAUGCCACUUGGAUCGCUGUCCUGGGGAAAGACGGGAUCAUCUCAUUCUCCAGCUCAAGCGGUGAAGGAUCGACUAAUGCUUCUCCCGUGAAAAUACCAAGUGAUGAUGCAUGCAGUUUGCCAGACCCCUGUGACCCGUAUAUAGUCUGUCGUAACGGUAGCAAGUGUCGAUGUCUCUUAGCCCUCACUUCUCAUCCAAAUUGUGGUUUGGGGUUGGGCUCUCCUUGCAAUCACUCAAAGGCUUCUAUUGAUCUUGUUAAUGCGGGGGAGGGAAUCGGGUACUUUGCACUCAAGUUUGUCUCACCCUCGCUGAAUGCCGAUCUUGACGGAUGCAAGACCUCUUGCCUGAAUAAUUGUUCAUGUCUCGCGUUGUUCUAUGAGAAUAGUUCUGGAGGUUGUUACUUGUUUGACAAUAUUGGGGCCUUGCAGAGCUCUGAUCAGAAUUCUGGAUUUGUCUCUUACAUUAAGGUGUUCACUGGUGCUGGUACGAAUGGCGGGAAAUCUCAAGACAGCGGAUGCGACGAGAAACGUUUGUUAUAUGUUGUCCAAUUUUCUGUUUCCACGUUCUUCCUUGUUCUCGGUCUGAUCUGUGCCGGAUUCAGAUAUUCCAAAGCAAAGCCGAAAUUGCCCGAAGCUCCUCAAGAGACUUUGGAAGAGGAGGAAAACUUUCUUAAGAGUUUAUCGGGAAUGCCAGUUCGUUUCAGCUAUAAAGAGGUUCAAGACGCGACUAAUAACUUUACAUAUUUAACAAACUUUUCCAUGAAGCUAGGGCAAGGCGGGCUCGGCACGGUGUACCGAGGGUGCCUACCAGAUGGGACGAGAUUGGCUGUGAAGAAAUUGGAUGGCAUCGGUCAGGGAAAGAAAGAGUUUCGAGCUGAAGUACGCAGCAUCGGAAGCAUCCGUCAUCACCACUUGGUCAGGCUGAAGGGCUUUUGCGAGGAAGGAACUCACCGGCUUCUAGCAUACGAGUACAUGGCGAACGAGUCUCUCCAUAAAUGUCUCUUUAAGAGAGACAAGGAAGGCAUGUUAGAUUGGGGAACAUGAUAUAAAAUUGCCAUAGGAUCGGCGAAAGGACUGGCCUACUUACACGAAGAAUGUGAUGCGAAGAUUGUUCACUGCGGUCUAAAGCCAGAAAACGUUCUUGAUGAAAAAUUUCAUGCCAAAGUAUCGGAUUUCGGAUUGGCUAAGCUAAUGACGAGAGCAGGGUCGUGUUGUUAUGACACAGGCAUGAGAGGUUAUCUUGAGCCGGAGUGGAUAAUCAACUGUGCCAUAUCUGAGAAGAGCGAUGUGUACAGUUACGGGAAGGUUCUGUUCAAACUCGGCGGAAGAAGGAACUACACCGAGGAAACAUCGGAGAAAUCCUAUGUCCCCCUCUAUGCUUUCAAGAUGAUGGAAGAAGGGAAGCUGAGAGAGAUACUUGAUCCGGGUCUUGAGAUCGACGAAAGAGACGAGGCGGUUUCUAUUCCUAUUAAAGUUGCAUCAUGGUGCAUACAAAAAGAUAUGAACCUGAGACCGUCGAUGUUCAAAGUCGUCCAAAUGCUUGAAGGUGUCUGUCCUGUUCCUCAGCCGCUGACUUCUUCCCCACGAGGUUGUUGAUUCUUUCCGAGCUAUUUCAAGCCAGAAGACCAUAGCGACGCAAAUCCUUCAGCAGUUCAGCUUUCAGGUCCAAGGUAACAGCAAGUUGUACUUCCUCGGGAAUUUUUCUGCAGGGAAGUAUGAUCACAGUUUUUUCUCCUUGCCGUGUGUAGCAAGGGCUUUCAGAAAUUCAAGCACAACUAGUUGAUGAUUCAACUAUGACAUUUGAUGCAUUGAGCCAAAUUACAUGGCUAGAGUGUGCAUGGUCUUUGAGCUUACACGGCUAUCCAGAUUAUACCACGUUUCCGUGCCAGCAAGUAGAAUAUGACAACAGAUGGUACAUCUCCGGUUGAAGGAACCACUCUGGAGGCUCAAAAUUGCAGCUUUCAAUGUAAAAGCAGUAUCAUUUCACAUAGGGUCAACUGGAGCUAAUUCCAACUCUUGAGAGACAAUAUUGGAAGAGCUGCAUCAGUAGCUCGAGACAUCGACAAGUGAAUCGACUCUGCAAAUUUUGGGGGUCCUUUGAAGUAUAAAAGAGGCAUAACCGUUGCAUUGAAGAUGUCUACAGGGAUUUGCCUGCAAAAGUUUGAGUUCCCCUUGUACCGAGGGUUGAUCAGAUUGCAAUGGUGAGGAAGAGAGAUCUCUAUGAACCAGGCAUGCUCUUAAUGUUCAGGAUGUGCAGCUCUUGGGUUCCCGACCCAACCGUCAAAGUGUGCGAUAAAAGACUUAGAAGAUUUUAUGAGUUAUAUCGAAUCAAAAUA